ACCCCAAACCCCCUCUUCCCCCAACCCCAUCGAGUUUUAAGGUCUCCUUGCGCUGCUUUGCAAACAUAGAGAAAACAAAUCAAGGGUUUUUCUUAGGGAGAUAAAAGAGAGAGGGAUUGAGAACGAAGAGCUAAGCUGGAACAGUAAAAAAACCCCAACUUUGCUUGCCUUCUUUCUCUUUCUUUCUCUCCACAGAAUUGCUUCCCACCUCAGAGAGGGAGUUGGAGACAUUUGGAUUUUGUUUAUCCUUCUGUCUCCUCUACCCUCUCUUUGUUUGUUAAAUUGUUUUGAGCUAUUUUCUUCAUUUUUAUGUAUAUUUCAGUUCUCAAAUUUCUACUAAUUCACUGAUCGGUCACAAACAGAGAGUUUUUAAUAUGUUGAGUUAUUAAGAGAUUGCUUGUAUUGUAAAUCUACAGAGAGUGAAGUGAGUGUUAGUGGGUUGAUAUAUAUAUAUAUAGAGAGAAGAGAGAAGAAGAAAAAGUUGUUUACUUUGAUGAGUUUUGGGGGUUUUCUUGACAAUAACUCUGGUGGUGGCGGUGCAAGAAUCGUCGCUGAUAUCCCCUACGGCAAUAACAUGGCCGCCGGCGCAAUCUCUCACCCCCGCCUUGUCUCCCCUUCUCUGGCCAAGAACAUGUUCAGCUCCCCGGGCCUCUCCCUCGGCCUUCAGCAACCGAACAUAGAUAAUCAGGGAGAUCAUGGGACUGCAUUAGGCGAGAGUUUCGAGGCUAGUCUUGGUAGAAGAAGCAGAGAGGAGGAGCACGAGAGCAGAUCUGGAAGUGAUAACAUGGAGGGUGGCUCCGGUGACGACCAAGACGCCGCCGACAAUCCUCCCAGAAAGAAGAGAUACCACCGACACACUCCUCAGCAAAUCCAGGAACUUGAAGCUCUGUUCAAGGAUUGCCCUCAUCCCGAUGAGAAACAGAGAUUGGAACUUAGCAGAAGGCUUUGCUUGGAAACCAGACAGGUCAAGUUCUGGUUUCAAAAUCGACGAACCCAGAUGAAGACCCAAUUGGAACGCCAUGAGAACUCGUUGUUAAGGCAAGAUAACGACAAGCUCCGAGCCGAAAACAUGUCCAUUAGGGAUGCAAUGAGAAACCCGAUUUGCGCCAACUGCGGUGGACCGGCAAUAAUUGGCGACAUAUCCCUCGAAGAACAGCACCUUAGGAUUGAGAACGCCCGGUUAAAAGACGAGCUAGAUCGCGUCUGUGCACUCGCCGGAAAGUUCCUGGGUCGCCCCAUUUCGUCUCUGGUCACUUCUAUUGCACCUCAUAUCCCUAACUCAAGUCUUGAACUUGGUGUCGGUAGCAAUGGGUACGGCGGAUUAAGCACGGUCCCCGCAACAUUGCCGUUGGGACCCGAUUUCGGAGUCGGACUACCAAACCCUUUGCCAGCUCCGGUGGCCCCAAACAGACCAGGGGUAGGGCUGACCCCGUCAGAUAGAUCGAUGUUUCUGGAACUAGCCUUGGCUGCAAUGGACGAAUUGGUGAAAAUGGUACAAAUAGGUGAACCCCUCUGGAUUCGGAGCUUGGAGGGCGGACGAGAUGUAUUGAACUAUGAUGAAUACCUAAGGACAUUUACUCCUUGCAUUGGCCUGAAACCGAGUGGUUUUGUCAGCGAAGCUUCCAGGGAGACUGGUAUGGUCAUCAUCAACAGUUUAGCUCUUGUUGAAACUUUGAUGGAUUCGAAUCGAUGGGCGGAGAUGUUUCCUUGUAUGGUUGCCAGAACCUCUACUACUGAAGUGAUUUCCAGUGGCAUGGGAGGCACUAGAAAUGGUGCACUUCAACUUAUGCAUGCCGAGCUACAAGUGUUGUCUCCAUUGGUGCCGGUGAGGGAGGUUAGUUUCCUCCGGUUCUGCAAGCAGCACGCGGAGGGGGUGUGGGCGGUGGUUGAUGUGUCCAUCCGAGAAACUUCCAGUUCACCCUCAUUUAUAAACUGCCGGAGGCUUCCUUCUGGGUGUAUAGUUCAGGACAUGCCAAAUGGGUACUCAAAGGUUACGUGGGUUGAGCACGCAGAGUAUGAUGAAAGCCAAGUUCACCAGCUUUACCGACCACUACUAAGCUCCGGCAUGGGGUUCGGUGCUCAACGUUGGGUCGCCACCCUUCAACGCCAAUGCGAGUGCCUGGCUAUUCUCAUGUCUUCCAAUGUUUCCGCUAGAGAUCACUCAGCUAUAACUGCUGGUGGUCGACGGAGCAUGUUAAAGUUAGCGCAACGCAUGACUGACAACUUCUGUGCUGGUGUGUGCGCCUCGACUGUACACAAAUGGAACAAGCUGGAUGCCGGAAACGUGGACGAAGACGUUAGGGUUAUGACACGAAAGAGCAUUGAUGAUCCCGGGGAACCACCGGGCAUUGUAUUAAGCGCGGCAACUUCCGUAUGGCUGCCCGUCUCCCCUCAGCGGCUGUUUGAUUUCCUGCGUGACGAACGGCUAAGAAGCGAGUGGGACAUCCUAUCCAACGGCGGACCCAUGCAGGAAAUGGCCCACAUUGCCAAAGGCCAGGAUCACGGCAACUGCGUCUCCCUCCUCCGCGCCAGCGCGAUUAACCCGAACCAGAGCAGCAUGCUGAUAUUGCAAGAGACAUGCACAGAUGCGGCGGGGUCGCUUGUGGUGUACGCGCCCGUUGACAUUCCGGCCAUGCAUGUUGUGAUGAACGGUGGCGAUUCUGCCUACGUAGCACUCCUCCCUUCAGGGUUCGCUAUCGUCCCUGAUGGUCCAGGCUCGCGUGGGCCUACUCCUAAUGGUCCCGUUAAUGGCGGAGGAGGCGGCUCAGCAAGAGUGGGUGGGUCCUUACUGACGGUGGCUUUCCAGAUAUUGGUUAACAGUCUUCCAACGGCAAAGCUCACUGUGGAGUCGGUGGAGACGGUCAACAAUCUGAUAUCGUGCACCGUUCAGAAGAUAAAAGCUGCGCUUCAGUGUGAAAGUUGAGGGGCAGUCUUUUUUUCUCCUCUUUUUCUUUUUUCUUUGUACUGUCUUUUUUUACUUUAUAUACUAAUUUAAUUACGGUAUUUGUAAUGUAGUAGUGGUCGUGUUUAGGGUUCAUGAGUGAGUGUUUCUCGUGUGUGAAUCAGUGAGUUUGGGGUGUUGAGUCAAGAACGAACCGCGCGUAGAUGAGUCCUUGCCGGUGAUGAGUGAGUGAGUGCAAUGAAGCAAGGAUAGUGGUUCGGGUAUUGACUCAGGUCGACCCCAAUGUUGGUGGUGGGCUCAAACAGAAAGUCAAAAUGUCCAAAGAACAAAAUGUCAUUUUUAUUGAAGAGUGCUAAUUUUCAGUUAAUUAACGUUGCAUUUGUUAAUGAAUUGAAGACCCUGUU